AUGAAUGGAACCACGGCGGAGGCACUGCCGCUCGACGCCGGUAAGAUCCUCUACGGGACCGCCCGUGAUCAUCAUGAUGCCUUGUUGCUGACGCCGGCCUCCCCCCUCGGUACAGCCGACUACGACCCCAUCGCCCACCUCAACCAGAUCUUCGCCCACCCGUCGACCGUGUCCUCCGUCGCCCGCGUCUCGACCACGCUGCGCAGCCACCAGAAUGCCCUGUCCUCCCAGAUCGCCGCCCUGGAGCAGUCGCAGGCCUAUGGGCCCGACAGCUCCCUCGAGCGCAUGCAGUCGGCCCAGGCCGAGCUGGCCGGCCUGUUCAAGAAGAUCGAGACGGUGCGCGCCCGCGCCAUCCAGACCGAGCAGAACAUCACCAGCAUGACGGCCGACAUCAAGCGCCUCGACGGCACCAAGCGCAACCUGACCCUGUCCAUGACCGCCCUCAAGCGCCUGCAGAUGCUCACCACCGCCUACGAGCAGCUCCGCGGCCUCGCCCGCACCCGCCAGUACCGCGAGUGCGCCGGCCUGCUGGCUGCCGUCCUGCAGCUCAUGCGCCACUUCAACAGCUACCGCAGCAUCGAGCAGAUCGCCGCCCUGAGCCGCGGCGUCAACGAUCUGCAGCGGGAGCUGCUCGAGCAGGUGUGCGAGGACUUCGAGAUGGCCUUUGCCAAGGGCGAGAUCGCCACCCGGAGGGCCACCCUGAUCGAGGCCUGCGGUGUCAUGGACGCCCUGGGCGACAGCGCCCGGUCGAGGCUCGUGACCUGGUACGUCAACACAGAGCUCCGCGAGUACCGCCAGGUCUUCCGAGGCAACGAUGAGGCGGGCAGUCUGGACAACAUCGGUCGGCGCUACGCUUGGUUCAAGAGGAUGAUCAAGGGGUACGAAGAGGAGCAUGCCGCCAUCUUCCCACCGCACUGGGCCGUGGGCGAGAUGCUUGGCAUGGCCUUCUGCGACGGCACUCGGGAUGACUUCAAGGGCAUACUCGAACGCAGCAUGCGGAGAGUGGAUGGCGCCAAGAUCGACGUCAAUCUACUCCUCAGCUGCCUUCAGGAGACGAUGGACUUCGAGCAGGGCCUGGAGAGAAAGUUCGCCGACAAGCCGCGAGCCAGUAUAGAUACCAUCAGCUCCGCCGACGAGAGGACGCAGAACUUCAACGGUUCGAUAUCCGUAGCCUUCGAGCCCUACUUGAGCCUAUGGGUUGAAUCGCAAGACAAGGCACUCGCGGCCAUGAUACCGAGAUACAAAGCACAGCCGCUCAUACCACCGGAUGAGGAGUUCUCCCCGCAGGCCGUCAUCGGCUCCGCCAUUGAGCUCUUCCACUUCUACAAGGUCACUUUGUCACAAUGCGCAAAACUGUCGACAGGCGACCGGCUGUUGGAUCUGACCAAAACGUUUUCGAAAUACCUAGACGAAUAUGCGCAGCAGGUUCUCCUGGCUAUACUUCAGCAAAGGACGGGCCAAGCGGCGGCCUCGUUGGAGGAUAUAGUUCUCGUCAUCAACACGGCCGAUUUCUGGCACACCAACACGGGUCAGCUCGAAGAUAGUAUCAAGAAGCGGAUCGAUGCCGAGUUAGCGUCCAAGAUCGACCUUUCAUCGCAGGCCGACGCCUUCCUGGGUGUUGCCAGCGCUGCCGUCAUGGCUUUGGUGAACAGGGUUGAGGCGGAUUGCGAGGGUGCUUGGCGCGAAAUGAAGAACACAAACUGGAGCAAGAUGGAGAGUGUUGGGGACCAGAGCUCGUAUGUUGGCGAGCUUCUGAGGCAUGUCAACUCCCAGGCCGAGGAGAUCCUGGCCGUUGUGACCAAGCAGCAGUUCGCCCGAGCCUUUGCGGAUAACUUGGUGGAGCACCUCGCCAACACGUAUAUCGCGAAUGUCGUCCAGUGUCGACCCGUCUCUGAAGUUGGCGCCGAGCAGAUGCUCCUUGAUAAAUACGUCCUCACCAAGGCCUUUGAGAAUCUUCUCUCCCAUCACAACACCUCUUCCACUCCUCACGUCCCCGCAGCGAGUUUCGUCAAGCGUGUCAAUAGUGUAAUGACCCGUAUGGAUCCCCUCCUCAAAACCCUCCAAGUCCGACCAUCACCACCAGAGGGCCUUGUGCAGGCCUACCUCAUCCACAUUGGCGACAAGUCGGACACCAACUUCAAGAAAAUCCUCGAGCUCAAGGGUGUUCGCAAGCAGGACCAGGGGCACUUGCUCGAGCUAUUCCAGAUUCACCGGGAGGGUUCCAGCAACGACAAGCUUGUUCAACAGAGCCCACUGCUCACGCCACUUCUGAACACCACGGGCAUGGGCACUACGGUCGGCACUUUAAACACGAGCGCGGCCUUGACUGCCGCACAGGGUGCCGCAAGAUUCGACGCCGCGAGCCUGGGGGAGAAAUUGCUCAACGCCGCGAGGGAUGGAGUAGAGAGGAUCGGGACGCCGGCACAGCAGGGGACUAGCGGCCAACAGGCCACCAUGAACGAGAAUUUGAAGAACUUCGGCAAGUUUUUCCGCAGGGAUAUCGGCGGCUUGGGGGUCAGGUUUGGAAAGGGCAGUGCAGAUGAGCAAGGCCGGUGA